AUGGCCACAUCUUCUCCCUUGUCAAAUUCCAUCAUGGUAUCAGAAGCGCAAGCGGUUGAGAUCUACCGCGACGCAGUCGUUUUCGAUGGACUAAACAUCGCCAACUGGUCACGCGACAUCUUCGAAGCCUGGCACCAGGGUAGAAUCACCGGUGUAUCAUGCACCUGUGGUAUCUGGGAAGGGUUUCGCGGUGCCGUUGCCAACGUGGUCCAGUGGAAAAAAUGGUUCGAGGAACAUUCCGACCUGAUCGUGCAAGCACAUUCUGUGCGAGACAUCCGCCAGGCGAAACAAAACGGCAAAACAGCGGUGCUCUUAUCCUGGCAGAACACAGCCGGUAUUGAGGACCAGCUGGAUUACCUCCGAGUUUUUCGCGACCUGGGUGUGCGCAAGAUGCAACUCACCUACAAUACCCAGAACUACUCCGGGGCCGGGUACACCGAGAUUCGCGACUCGGGUCUGACUGGGUUUGGUCGACAGGUUGUUGAUGAAAUGGGGCGGUUGGGCAUUGUGGUCGAUCUGUCGCAUGUUGGACCGGUCACAAGCGAGGAUGUCAUCGAAUAUGCGACUAAACCCCCUUGCUUCAGCCACGUCUUGCCGGGAGGUUUGCUCGACCAUCCACGCAACAAGUCCAAUCACCUACUGCAACUCAUUGGCAAGAAAGGCGGAUUUGUAGGAAUCAGUCAAUUUGGACCGCAUAUGGCCAAAGGGAAUCAAUCAACUAUCGACGAUUAUGUUGCUGCUGUGGACUUUGUCAUUGAUUUGAUCGGCGAGGAUUUGGUUGGUGUUGGAUCGGACGCCAGUGAGGGCCAUGCUCGACCAAGUGAGUUCAUGGCCUGGUGUAAUCUUGACAAGGGGUAUGCCCGUCGUUUAACUCCUUGGGGCAGUCAAACUGUUGUGAAGCCUCUGGGCCCCUUGAAGGAACGUCCCGAGUUAGCCAAAGCAAUGGCUCGGGCGGGCUGGUCGAAAUCUAAAAUGGAGAAAGUGCUGGGAGAGAAUUGGCUGAACUACUUGGAGCGCAUUAUCGGAGAAUAA